AUGAACGACCGCGCCAGUAAAGCCCUGGCAGAGGCUUCCCUGCCGGGAGAGCCUCGAACAUAUGAUGCCACAUCCAAACGUAGUGGAGUUCCUCUGAGUACCCUUUAUCAUCGCGAUCAUGGGCGGCCCUCUAGAGAAGAGAAGGCCCAAGGCCAACAGUAUCUCACUCCGCCGGAGGAGAAAGCCCUCGAAAAGUAUUUGAAACUAAUGGCUGACCUCGGGAAUCCUGUGCGAAUCAAGUGUCUACCAUCCCUCGCCUUUUGUAUCGCCCGCCGGCGUUCCACGAUAAAGAAAGCGGCCAAGCCUCCGAAUAAGAACUGGGCUCAAGCUUUCCAGAAGCGUCAUCCAGCACUCAAAUCACGACGAGUGAGGGCGAUGGCCUGGGAACGCCACGAGAAUAGUAUCUAUAACAAGAUUAUACAU